AUGUCGAAUGAUACUGAGGCUCCGCUACCCGAAGGAUGGGAGAUGAGAACCAGUCGUUCCACUGGCAUGACUUACUUCCUAAACAUGUACACUAAGAAGUCUCAAUGGGAACGGCCUGAGGUUCCCGCUGAGCCUGGCGAGGUGCGAUGUAGCCACAUCCUCGUGAAACAUUCAGACAGCCGGCGCCCUUCAUCUUGGAGGGAGGAUCACAUAAAACGGACCAAAGAAGAGGCAUUGGAUUUAAUUAAGAAUUACCGCAAGCAGAUUGUGUCUAACGAUGCUUCAUUCACCGAUGUCGCUAUGAAGUGUUCAGAUUGUUCCUCUGCGAAGCGUGGAGGAGAUUUGGGAAUGUUCGGCCGUGGUCAAAUGCAACAAGCUUUUGAAGAGGAAGCCUUUAAAUUAAAGGUCGGACAGCUGAGCAAACCGAUUGAAACCGAGUCUGGCUUCCAUAUUAUACUACGAACUGUUUGA